GAACGCAUGGUAUUUCACCGGGGAUCGUGAACAGAAAUCGUGUUCCCCGUCGUUUUCACGGUUUCACGUGGCGUGUUAACGCGCGACCUUCCCCUAUAGUUUUAUCUGCGAGACAAGUGAAUCGAGGAUGCGCAAUCGGCCCAGUGGCACACAAAGCAGCACCGAAGAAAAAGAGCCUACCUUUUAGACCUUGUUCUCCACUUCCGCCGCGUAUAAGCGGCACGGGAGGCGGAGCUAGGGAGAACAGUCUCAAUUUGGCGACAAUGUUUCCCUGGAUCUACGAUUUCAAAUUCCCAACGAUGACUUUCCAAUCGGAUAGCUGUAUUAAGUAUUACGGCGUUAUUCUUUCGAGUAUGUCCCGAGUAUCGAAUUAUUGAGGUUGUUUAAAAAUCUUUGUUCGAAAUUUAAAAUAGAAAUCCAUUAUUCGAUUAUCGAUACUUAUGAUCGAAUUUGAGAGAAGAAACUCUUUUACGAAUCAUAAUUUUCAACUUUUCAAAUCGAUCCAAUAAAAAAUAAUUUUCGACGCGAUUACUCAACAACAUUCGAUAAUUGAUCAACGUUAUUUCGUGACGAAUUAACAAAAAUUUUUAAUAUUCGUAAUUACCAUUGAAAAGUUUCAAAAGAGGGGGAGAAAAUGUCGAAUAAUCUCUUAGUACUCGAGUUAUCUCUUCUAUAUCUUUCUGCUCACAGAACAUUACCUCCGAUUCUCUCUCGUUCCGAGCCGAGUCGAGGAGCAGUUUUUCCCGAACGCCCUCGCAAUUAGCCCAAUUCCUUUUCAUUCGUAUUGCGGCGGGGUAUCGUUUUUUUCCACACCGCGUGGCCACGGCGCAAUUAUCAACGGGCGCAAUACAAACGUGUAGCAACGGGUAUCGCAUCAGCGACUUGGAAUCGACGAAACAAGUCAACACAGGAGAACGAUCCGCUGGAUUCACGCUCUGUAUGCCUGUAACUGUUAAUUAUACCAACUGUUUCUAUAAAAAUGGUCAUUCGUUCGGCCGUUCAGUCCGCGUCGAACAUGCUUCGACGUACGUUGCUCGUCGUCCCGUUGACGUUGUGCGCCCUGUUGGCCGCGUGCUGUUGCACGCUUCUCCAUCGAAGCGAUCGCGAUACAGUGUCGAGACCGAUCGAUUGCAGCCGCGGAGAGAAUUCCGUCGAAUGCGUGACGAGGCGGAGGAUGGAAGGGAUGGAGGAAGGGAAGAAGGAUCGGUCGGUGACCAGGGAAUCUAGGAUCUUUGGAGGGGAAGAAGUUAAAAGUGGAGAUGGCGCGAUUGAACAGGUCGCUGGACGAAGAAAGAAGAACAAGGGAUAUGGGCAGAUGUUGCUUUAUCUUCUAGGCGCGUCCAAAAUGACCAUGCUUUACGUAAUAACGAACGUGGUUGCUGCAAUUGCUGGAAAGGCUCUGAUCGUCGCCAAAGUUGCUCUAGCAAUUGCGACCGCGAUCGCAUUGAAGAGAAUUCUUGAGCACAAGGAGAAAAUUUCGUACGAGAUAAUUAAAUAUCCGUAUCACAGCUAUGAGAAUACGCACAGUACAAGUUUCGAUUACGAUCAUGGUGGAUCGUGGGAACGUAAUUUUGGAUAUCAGAGGCAAAAAGUUAAAAAUAGAAAAUUAGUCCGUUGAGCCACGAAGAGAGUACAAAUAAAUGUUUAAUAUCAAUUUUAUAUCGGAGAAUAAUAUAUAAUUAUUUUGAAUAAUAAAAGUGUAAAUUAAUAAAUCAGAUUAUUAAUUCUCGUUGUACAAAGAGGAUUUUGAAAUCUCCAAAAAGUAUGGUACUAAUUUAGAAA